AUGGCUCCGAUCAUCCACUGUGUUCGCCACGCCCAGGGCCUGCACAACCUCUGCACUGCCAACCAUGUCAUUCACGACCCUGUUCUCACAGAACUCGGCCACGAACAAUGCGCCAAGCUACAACAGACCUUCCCCAGACACGCGGAAGUCGAUCUAGUCACUGCGUCGCCCCUCCGCCGCACAAUCUACACUGCCCUCGAGAGCUUCGGUCCCGUCUUCGACUCACACCCGGGCAUGAAGCUCAUCGCCCUACCCGACGUGCAAGAGACCUCCGACGUGCCGUGCGACACGGGCAGCGAGCCCGAGGCCCUGAAGGACGAAUUUGCGGGGAAACCAGUGGACCUGGAUCUGGUAUUUAAGGGAUGGAACGACAAGAGUGGUGGCCGCUUUGCGCCUACGAACAAGGCUUUGAAGGAACGCGCUCUCACUGCUCGUAGGUGGCUCAAGGCUCGGCCUGAGAAGGAAAUUAUUGUCGUUACCCACGGUGGUUACCUUCACUACUUUACUGAGGAUUGGGAGGAUAGCAGCCAGUACCAGGGUACUGGCUGGGUUAACACCGAAUACCGCACCUACACUUUCUCAGACGAGACUCACAAGAAUGAUCUGGAAGGAAACCCGCUGGAUGGGGAUAACGCUUCCAUCGUCGAGACCAUUGAAUCCCGAACCCGUCGCGGGAAAGAGGGUCCGACCCCAGACCGUGAAGAACAGAAGUCACUGUACAAGCGCGGUACCCAGGGCUGGGAUGACCAGGGCUUGCAGAUGAGCACUGCGGACCGAGAGGCGGCCAAGGUCCCCGAGGGCAAGGAGGUUAACGGUGUUCGUGUUUAG